GCUUUUCAAACGAUUGCGCUUCCGUUAAAACUGUGGCAUCUACAUGUAUAUGCUCAGGAUUAUUUGCCUGUUUAUAAUUCAGCCCAACAAACAUGUGAAAUCCAAAGUACAUGUUAUCCUACUUUGACUUUGUAAAAUAGAGUGAAGUUUAAGAAAAACAGUGAGACCUGACUUUGGGGGAAUUUCCUCGCAUCUAGGGAAAUUUUGGGGGUUUUGUGCCAUUCCCCCAAAAUUUUCUGUAGCGAUUUCCCCUAAAUAGAGAGAUUGGGUUAUAGACAACCUUUAAAGGUUUUAGCUCAAUGGAGCGACAAUAAAGCGACUUUAAAAUAGCUCACCUACCUAAUAGGGCCUAAAAUGACUAUAGGUCAGUGCAAGGAAUUAGGAUUGGAAGUCAGGGUUUCCAUCACGAACUGGCAACAGUGAAAAUGUCAAAAUCCUAUUCAACCAAAGUCCAAGAACUGCCGUCUUUAACCUCAUUGGUCUUCCCGUGAAUUGUUGUCUAUCCUGAAGAACGUCUGAAUUCUGUAGCUCUCAAAAAGUCACUACGACAUACGGCCGAUAGUUAGCUACGGUACUUGUGUAAAACAGUUAAAUGUCGUCUUCGACUCAAUAAGUUAAUCAGUUCAAUGAAAUUAGGUUCCACUGCUGGUUUUAUCCAUUAGUCUAACUACUUCGUCCUGAGUGCCCGUAGUCGACAUCCAGACAAAAUCUAAUUGUAAUUGACUUCACCUCAUCUUUUUAAAGGCUGUAGUGACGAAAAGUAAUAUAUCAAACAUUCUCCUGACCUAGUGACACCUCAAUUUAAGUACCCUGCUUAUUAUCAUGGACAAUCUCACAAAACUCCGAAUGACGCUUUUUUUAAGACAGUUUCACUUGGCUGAUUAACGUAAGGUUUGGUGAUCUGUCUUCCUUUUUGUACCGUAUUAUUCCUGGCCUAGACCUCUUUUCAAGGAUACUGAUGGAGAGGUUUUUUUCGUAACCACUUUUAGCUUGCUCAUCUCACUACAGGUAUUCGUGUAUUAUUCAUGUUUUUAUAUUGUUCAGACAGGAGAAUGCUUUUUUUGGUAGUCACUUACGCAAUCAUAUUAAGAAGUGACUGAAGUAAAGUUAAUGUAUGUGUGAGCAGAAUUUACCGAAUCCACUAUUUGUUGACAAAUAUGAUAGUUUAAUAGCUUCUCAAUUAUACCUAUCUUCAAUUGAAAAUCACUGUACUGAGCUUUCUCCUAUCGCUUUAAAAGGUGUGUUAAUUUAGAGAAUCAGUAGUAAAAUAAAAACCACACAACAAUAAUCCUUUUCGGGUUUAUAAAACAACAAAAUAAGCGAGAAAUAAGUUGAAAUAUUUCAUGAAUUCGGACUAAGCUAAAUGAACCUAAACACCAUAUUCACACUCAUCAUGGCUCAUCCUAUAUAACAUGUGUAUUGCGGUAAAACUAGUGUUUCUAGUUUUUCAGUGUUUUUCCACUUUAAGAACCUUGUCGUCAGUCGUUUCACUAAGUUCUAUUUCUUACUAGUACUGCUGCUUUUAAACGUCUGAGAACAUUUAUUUAUCCCAAUUAGUCCUUGGCCAACCGUCAAUGACCAACAAAAUAUUUCGGUAAAGUCAUGAGUUCCAUUCGGGUCAUUCCUUUGGGUAAAUUUGUUUUGAGAUCAUUUACAUGACUCAUUUCGCUUAAUAGGCGCUGGGCAAGAUGUUGGUAGAAGUUGCAUUCUUGUCACUUUGGGUGGCAAAAAUAUUAUGUUCGAUUGCGGAAUGCACAUGGGCUAUAACGACGAUAGAAAAUUUCCUGACUUCACUUACAUUACCGACAAAGGGAGUCUCAAUGAUUACCUGGAUUGUGUGAUUAUUAGUCAUUUCCAUCUCGAUCACUGUGGAGCUCUUCCCUAUAUGACCGAAGUAAUAGGCUACGAUGGUCCAAUCUAUAUGACUCAUCCUACCAAGGCAAUUUGCCCAAUACUUUUGGAAGAUUAUCGUAAAAUCAAUGUUGAGAGAAGAGGAGAUCAAAACUUUUUCACUUCUGAUAUGAUAUAUCGGUGUAUGACGAAAGUUAGGUGUGUGUAUAUACAUCAAACAGUCAAAGUAGAUGAUGAUCUCGAAAUACAGGCAUUUUAUGCUGGUCACGUUCUGGGAGCAGCAAUGUUUCUUGUACGUGUAGGAACAAAUUCUGUCCUGUAUACCGGCGAUUACAACAUGACACCUGAUAGACAUCUUGGUGCAGCUUGGGUUUCUCGUUGCCGUCCAGAUCUUCUCAUUACGGAAAGCACUUAUGCAACCACGAUACGAGAUUCAAAACGUACAAGAGAACGGGAAUUUCUGGAAAAGAUUCAUGCUCGCGUUGAGGCUGGGGGUAAAGUAUUAAUCCCUGUCUUUGCCUUAGGUCGAGCUCAAGAACUUUGUAUAUUGCUUGAAACAUAUUGGGAAAGAAUGAAUAUUUCCGUCCCAAUAUACUUCUCCAUGGGAAUGGCGGAAAAAGCUAAUGAGUAUUACAAGUUAUUUAUCUCGUGGACAAAUCAAAAAAUCAAGGAGACAUUUGUAAAACGAAAUAUGUUUGACUUUAAACAUAUAAAGCCUCUUGGGCAAGGAACAGUCGAUAAUCCAGGACCAAUGGUAGUCUUUGCCACACCAGGUAUGCUUCACGCUGGACAAUCCUUGCAUAUAUUUCGUAAAUGGGCUUCAGAUGAAAGAAAUAUGGUUGUAAUUCCAGGAUAUUGUGUUGCUGGAACUGUGGGUUAUAAGAUUUUAAAUGGAGUCAGGCGUCUUGAAUUCGAUAAACAAGUUUUAGAAGUUAAAAUGUCAGUUGAAUACCUAUCGUUCUCAGCUCAUGCAGAUGCUCGUGGUAUUAUGCAGUUGAUAUCUCAUUGUCAGCCUAAACAUGUGAUGCUGGUACAUGGAGAAGCAAUUAAGAUGGAUUUUUUAAAAUCAAAAAUUGAACAAGAGUUUGGAUUACCCUGUUCGAAACCUGCUAAUGGAGAGAUUGUACAUGUAGAAACGGAACAACAAUUUAUUGUAGAAGCUUCAAGAGAAUUUCUUAAUCAGUCGUAUUAUUCGGAUGAUCCAAAUGAGCCACUGAUUAAACGUCCUCGAUCUAUUCAGGGCGGAAUUCAAAUUGAGCCUGAUGAAACCCCUAAACUACUUGAUCGUGCCUCAGUUUUGGCUUCUUUAAGUUUGAAAGAGCAUGUAAUGCGAUUUACCUCGACGUAUGCAUUUUCUUCCUCUUCGAAUCUCACCACGAUUUUAGAUAAAUUUAUCAAACUAUGUUCAAAAUUACCCAUCGAUCCACCAAAAUUAGUACGUAACCAAAUUCUAUUCAACGAUUCAGUGGUUGUAUCAGUUUGUGAUCCUAUGUUGGAUGAAUUCGAUGAUGAAACUCGUGAAAGAUCAACAGCUCUACGUCGUACAGCUAACCUGCAAUCAAAGGAAUUCGUAUGUCAUGUAACCUAUAAUUUACAGAAAACUACGCUACGCGUACUCAUCAAAUUAAUUGUGAUCAUGUUGUAAUGUGAAGAAGAAAAAAAGAGAAGAUGAAUUCAAUCCAUAGAAUAAAAAAUAAAAAACUAAUACCAUUUCAACUAGUCAUCAUUAAUAGAAUGUCUUGCAUUGGUUCUAAUUGACAAUAACACAACAUUAGAAUAAUGAGAUGAAAUUAACAAAACAAAUAAGAAAUGAAUUGAAAUAAUGUUUUAACAAUUAGAAUAUGAAAAAUUGGUGAAGGAUAAAACAAGCAAUGCAUUUAUUUCACUGUGAAUCAUUUUUAACCAUAUCAUUAGAUGUCUCCAAUCAUUAAUGGUGAUUAUCUUUCUGA